GAGCUAACAGAGCUCUAGGAGCCACCUAACCAGCGGAUGUAGCGUCUGCGCAGUAUUUUGUUGAGCUUUGUCAGAUAGCCCGUCGGUCUCACCGUAUUUCGGACGCAUCCAACAGCCAACAGCCAACGGUGCUCCAGUACGCGAUAGUCACCUAAACCAGAAUCAUUUAUCGCCCAGCAUCCUCUAAACUAAAUUCAAACAAAACAAAAGCAAACAUUUAUCACAUAAAACUCGAAUAUUUUUUUAUUUUAUCAUCGAAAAAAAAAAUAUAUAUAUAUAUUUAAAUAAAUAUUUGUGUCGAAAGUUUAAGUGAGUGAAAAAUUAAACAAACACGUGAAUUCAGGUAAGCAGGUGGACGGUUAAACGCAGGUAGCGCAGGCGUAUAACCAGGAGCGGGAGCUUUUUACAAAAUAUUAUUAUUUUUUAUUAAAAAUGGACUGGUAAUUUAAUUUAUUUAAAAAAAUAAAAGAAGAAAGAAGAUUAUUUGAUUGUAAUAGAGUAUAAUUAAAUGAAAGAGAGGGUGCUGACAUAAUUGUCGGCUUGGUACCAAUAAAUGUUGCAACCGCCUUCUCCGCCACUGCUGGAGAUGGCAUCUCUCCGUCUUCCAGACUCGGAGGAAUUCGACCUGGAGCCGCGACACCGUACCAGUGGGAAUGUCCAGGUGACCAGCGGUCCACCAUCAGCCCCUAUGUACCUCGCAAACGACGUAUUUGUCCAGACAAAAGAGGAUAUCAGAGAUUACUUUAACAACUCGUUGAGUGAAUUGGUGACCGGGGGCUCGAGAACAGCCUUGGAAGAGUCAGGUUCCGGGGGUGGUGUUGUGCUAUUUAACAGCAGCCUCUCAACAGACUCGGGGGCCAUCCCCGUAGAGCAUGUACCAGAUCGUUUUUACAGACACAGUGUUGCUAUGACCGCGGUGUAUUGUGUCGCUUAUAUGCUGGUGUUUAGCAUUGGGCUUGUUGGUAACAGUUUUGUUAUUGCUGUUGUCUAUCGUUCCCCACGAAUGCGCACUGUUACUAAUUUUUUCAUCGUUAAUCUUGCGGUUGCUGAUGUACUUGUAAUUGUAUUUUGUCUACCUGCAACUCUAGUUGGUAACAUCCUAGUCCCGUGGGUACUGGGACGAUUUAUGUGCAAGACUGUAUCCUAUAUCCAAGGAGUAUCGGUUGCUGCCUCCGUCUACAGCCUCGUCGCUGUUUCCUUGGACAGAUUUUUGGCGAUAUGGUGGCCAAUGAAGUGUCAGAUAACAAAACGACGAGCUCGAAUGAUAAUAGUUGUAAUAUGGUUUAUAGCGUUAACAGCAACCUCCCCGUGGCUUUUAUUUUUUGACUUGAUAAAAUACGGUGAUGACCCGGAGAUGAGGUUUUGCGUUGAGCGUUGGCCGCGCCCCCAAGACGGCACACUAUUUUUCCUAAUCGGUAAUCUUUUGCUGUGCUACGUACUGCCGAUGAUACUAAUAUCCUUGUGCUACAUCCUUAUCUGGAUAAAAGUAUGGCGUCGUAAUAUACCUACAGACACCAAGGACGCCCAAAUGGAAAGGAUACAACAAAAAUCAAAGGUAAAGGUUGUUAAAAUGUUGGUUGUUGUUGUUAUACUAUUUGUAUUGUCCUGGCUACCGCUCUACGUAAUAUUUGCACGAAUAAAACUCGGUGGAGAACAAGCUGAAUGGGAAGAAGAGGUACAAAUGAUAGCUACGCCUAUUGCCCAGUGGUUGGGUUCUAGUAAUUCAUGCAUCAAUCCCAUUCUUUAUGCAUUUUUUAAUAAAAAAUAUCGCCGUGGAUUUAUGGCUAUACUUAAAAGUGGCCGUUGUUGCGGUAAACUCAGGUAUUAUGAGACAGUCGCUAUUAUGUCUUCAUCAACGAGCAUGAGAAAGUCUUCAUACUAUGUUAACAAUAAUUCAUCAACACGACGUACUUAUCACGCACCUCCAGUACAUCAGGAUAGCAAUGUGUCUUAUAUUUUCAAUCAUACUGGAGUAUAAAUUAUUAUUAUUACAAUAUAAUACUGGAGUGUUUUAAUAAUAAUAAUAAUUAUU